CUAUUAAAGACAUCAAUAAAUAAAUGAACUUUCUUUAAAAAAAGAAAGUUCCCUCUUGAAAAAGUACGCGCUGUGGUUCCAGAGUAGGCACUGAAGGGUCUUGGCGUCCCCUCCUCCUUUUUAAAGAAAUACAGACCACCGUCCGCUUUUCUCUCCGCGGACAGGGUGAGACAACGAUCCCGAAAAAGCGCCUUUUUGGUUUUCAAGUUCGGCACCCUUCAACCGGAGGGGGGGGGGGCUACGGCAAGUUUGCCUCAGAAAAAAGCGCGGAGGAGGGCGGCGCGCGGGGAUCAAAAGCUUUUCUCUCAGCCCUCGCGAGGGUCUCCCUGGCUCUCCGAGGCGCGGCAAGGGGAAGAUUCGCGGCUUCCAAAGGGAGUCCCUCCGACUCGUAAAAAGCCCGGUGGUCACCGCAGCGAUGGACUCGGAAGAGACCGCCUUUGAUGUCAGCGGGACUCGCUUCCCAGCCACGGGAACACCAACAGGCUCCGGCAACGAACCUCUCCCUCCCGCCCCCGCGUUUCCCCCUCCCGGGAAGCGCUUUGCUGAGCAACAGGAUUCUCCGGGGCGGAGGGGAGGGCGCGAGAGGCGGGAGGGGGAUGAGGGUCACGUGAGCGUCAGCCCAUCACACCCCUCCCCCGCCUCCUCUGCUCUGUCUCAACCCGAGAGUCCGCACUGAGGACUCUAUUCCCGGGCUUUGAAAGAGGUGAGAUGGAGGGGGGGGAGGGGAAUUAGAAAGCUACUUUUCAGUCUUUCGACUCCUGAUUGGCCGCCUGCCUUAGAAUCAGGCGACAUUCUUCCGGGAAAAGCAAGAACAAAACAUCAUCGCUUUCUUCGCGGGCGGGGAAGGUCGCUUCUCCCUCAAGUGCGCCUUCUUGUCUUGAAGAUCCGCCGCCUCCCCCUUUUCCUCUUCAAGCUUGGUAUGUCCCGUUGUAGGACACCUUCCCCUCCUCCUUGUCCGGUUCCUCCAACCCAGCUAGAGCGCUUAAGCGGGUAACCAGAUAUUCAAAAACAAUACGUCAGCCCACAAUGCCCUGCACGGAGCUCAGGCAUUACCUCAUCCCACAAUGCCUUGCGAAAAGGGGCCGGCAAACUUAUCGGGGUGGGGUGGCCAUGGAGAUGGGCGCCUUUGCAACAGGCUGGCCCAACCGCCCUCCUCCCCCUGAGAGGCGGCGGAGCCAAUGGGAAGGCCCCGGGGUGACAUCAUGGGCUAUUUUUAGUGGGUUACUGCUCUCUGAUAAGUGUUGUGCUCCACGCUGGGAAAGAGCUCAGAGUGGGAUUGAGUGGCGGCGGGUGAAGCGACGGUGGCACCGCUCCUGUCCGGCAGGAGGAGAAGUCCCAGCGGCCACAGCAAGGGCCAAUUUCAGCUCCAGACCCCACCAGAGCCCGGGCGGCUAUUCCUUAGAACCUGACGCUCAGAGAGCGAGCCGGCGCUCCCUUGUUACAAAGUCGGGUCGGGGUCGCUGCUAUCCCGCACAGCCGGAGCGCGAAGGGUGAACUUGUACGGGCAUCCUUUCCUUUGGAGCGCCCGAGCGCCUUGCCUCCUGGACCGCUUCAGCUCUUCUCGUCUAGAUCCCGAAGUUGCCGAGCGUGGGAAUCUCCUCUCUUUUCCACCAACCUCCCCUCGGCUUCUGUGAACAAGAAGCGGGGCGAUCUACUUGCGGCAACUUUUCUUUUUCCUUUGCUGGGACUUGAGGUGACCUGCUUUUUGACAGCCGCUGCGAGAAAGGAGAGGACUUAGACAAGUGGGUUUGAAACUCGGAAACGCUCCAGACCGACCCAGGACACUCCCACGAGGAGCGCGAAGGGGCGGAGGAGGAGGGGGGGAAAAGGACUCAAAAAGUUUCUGGAUUCCAUCCUUGCUCGGAGCGAUAAAGAGGCCCCCGAAGGUGUCGGCAGCAUUAUUCCUUCCUUGGACUGAGAAAGGGAUUCUGAAUUUGAAAAACAACUUUUAUUUGGGUCUUCCUCCCCCAUCCCCUCCCAACAGUCACAGUCGGGAAGUGAUGCGCCUGCUGGGUCUUUGAGGUGAAACUGUAUUAGUUCGAGUCUGACUUUUUUCUAGCCAAACUGGGGACUCGAAUCAAUGCCUUGUUGCAAAAAAGUAAGACUUUAAUUGAUCACUUUUGAAUUGUGUCUUCCUUGUUGAAAGAGUGUUGUUAUAAGAACUGUUCCUACUUAGUAACUGUGGCAGCUGUGAACUUCUUUAAGUUGUAACAAAUCGGCUUCCUUUCCUAGGUCUGUUUUUUGGGCUAUAGGUGAACAAACUUGUGGACUGUAUUCUAUGACUGCAAAGAUGGAACCUACAUUCUACGACGAUGCCAUCAAUGCUACCUUUGUGCAGCCAGAAAGUGGUGCUUAUGGAUAUAAUAAUCCCAAAGUUCUGAAACAGAACAUGACUCUCAAUCUGGCUGACCCUUCCAGUAACCUCAAGCCCCACUUGAGGAACAAAAAUGCUGAUAUCCUGACCUCUCCAGAUGUUGGCCUUCUCAAGCUGGCUUCUCCUGAACUGGAAAGGCUGAUUAUUCAGUCAGGCAAUGGACUGAUCACUACCACUCCGACCCCAACCCAGUUCCUCUGUCCCAAAAAUGUUACCGAUGAGCAAGAAGGUUUUGCUGAAGGCUUUGUCAGGGCACUCGCAGAGCUACACAAUCAAAACACCAUGCCGAGUGUUACCUCUGCUGCUCCGCCUACGAACUCCGGCAUGGCCCCUGUCUCUUCCAUGGCUGGAAACAGUGGCUUCAAUGCUAACAUGCACAGCGAGCCGCCUGUCUAUGCUAAUCUCAGUAAUUUCAAUCCAAGCGCACUCAAUACAGUGCCUUCCUACAAUGCAAACAACCUGGGCUUUCCACCACAGCAUCAUAUGAACCCCCAGAUGCCAGUGCAGCAUCCGCGCCUCCAAGCUCUGAAAGAAGAGCCUCAGACUGUCCCAGAAAUGCCCGGGGAGACUCCUCCCCUGUCCCCUAUUGACAUGGAAUCCCAAGAAAGGAUCAAGGCAGAGAGGAAGCGCAUGAGAAAUCGAAUUGCAGCCUCCAAGUGCCGGAAAAGGAAGUUGGAGCGGAUUGCCAGGUUGGAAGAAAAAGUAAAAACUUUGAAAGCCCAGAACUCAGAACUUGCAUCUACUGCCAACAUGCUGCGAGAGCAGGUUGCACAGCUGAAGCAGAAGGUCAUGAAUCACGUCAAUAGUGGAUGCCAGCUAAUGCUCACACAGCAGUUGCAAACUUUUUGAAAAGGCUGAAAAGUAACUUUAGGAUGAUGGGGAGAAAUUAAGGAGAAGAAAGCGUUUGGGAGGCAGAGCCCCUACACCCACACACACUUGUGGUGGGUGGAAAGAAAAGGCUGAAAGGCAUUGAUUCAGAAGACUGCCACCCCCGAGUCAAAUGCAUGUGUGGAGAUACUGGUGUGCCUUCUGGAUGAGGUGGUGGCGUAUCAGUUGACAGAACAACUCAGCAAAACAGCUGAGCUGUUCCAGCUCAGAUAAGGCAUGGAUGCCUUGUGUUCGUCUUUCUUUCUCUCUCUUUUUUUUUAACAUUGACCAAGACUUGCAUGGACCUAACAUUAAAUGAUCAUUCAGUAUUAAAAGUUAAACUGCAGUAGAUACUGUAGAUGGCUUUCUCUUAGUACUCCUUUUUUUAAAAAAAAAACAAAAACAAAAAUGGGGAGGGUGUUUUGGGGAAGCUAACCACAGAAACUGAGCUACACUGCCUGUCUGAGUUGUGUAUGUACAUAUAUAUUUUUUAUUUUAUGACAACUGAUUAAUGUCAAGUAAAACUACUUCAUGACUUUGUAAGUUAUUUUUUAUGUUCAUUUGGGUUCCACCCAGUAUUGUUUGUAAAUAAGAGAUUUUUUAGCAACUUUUGAGUUUUUUUUCAUUUGUAAUAAAGUAUAUAAUUUUU